AUGCCUAGUUAUGUGAAGUUUAUGAAGGAGAUAUUGUCUAAUAAGAGUAAAAUAAAGGAUUAUGAAACCGUGGCUUUGACAGAAGAGUGUAGUGCUAUAAUUCAAAAGAAACUUCCUCAAAAGUUGAGAGAUCUGGGCAGCUUCACUAUACCUUGCAGCACUGGGAAUUUUCAUUGUAAGAGGGCAUUAUGUGAUCUAGGUGCAAGCAUUAAUCUAAUACCACUAUCUGUAUUUCGAAGACUCGGUUUGGGGGAAGCUAGACCCACUACGAUUACUCUACAAUUGGUUGGUCGUUCAUUAACACACCCUCAUGGUAUUAUUGAAGACGUUCUUGUCAAAGUGGAAAAAUGCAUCUUUCCCACUGAUUUUAUUGUUCUUGAUAUGGAGGAAGACGAAGAUGUUCCAAUUAUUUUGGGAAGACCAUUUUUAGCCACUAGUCAAGCCUUGAUAGAUGUUCAAAAAGGAGAGUUAAGGCUAAGGGUGCAAGGUGAUGAGGUUGUAUUUAAUGUGUUCCAGGCUUUGAAGUAUCCAAGAGCAAGUGAUAGUUGCUUUAGUGUAAAUGUAAUUGAGGAACAAUUGUCAAAGAGACAACGUGUUGAAGAUCCGCUUGAGAUGAGCCUUAUUGCGCAAGGAGGGGAAGAUUGGGAUGGUAUUGAGGUUAUGGAAUAUGUAAAUUGGCUAAACUCUGCUAGACCUAUUUAUAAGAAGAAAUAUGAGGAACUUGGACAAGGGCCCGAGAGACCACUACCAUCUAUGAAGAAACCACUAGCACUUGAAUUGAAAACUUUACUAGAUCAUCUUAAAUACGCUUAUUUGGGUAAGAAUGAUACUCUCCCUGUUAUUAUUUCUGCUUCAUUAUCUACUGUUGAAGAGGAAAAAUUAUUAAGAGAGGAUUUAGCCAAUCUGAGGUCUAAUCAGGAGAAUGUGGCUGAGACAAUGGCGUUGCAACAGAGGGAAAUUGAUCAUCAACGUCAAGAGUUGAAUGAACGGGGUCAACAGCACCAUAUUCUCAUGGAGGAGGACAGUAAGGCUAGUAUUGAUGCUGAAAGGAGGCUAAAUCCUGCAAUGAAAGAGGUGGUUCGAAAAGAAAUUUUAAAGUGGUUAGAUGCUGGUGUUAUUUAUCCAAUCUCGGAUAGUUCAUGGAUGGGUAUUCUGGUUGUCACCAAAUACCUAUUGCUCCCGAAGAUCAAGAGAAAACAACUUUUACUUGUCCUUAUGAGAUGCAAAGAAUCUAAUUUGGUCAUGAAUUGGAAAAAAUGCCACUUUAUGGUGAGUGAAGGAAUUGUUUUAGGGUAUAAGAUUUCCAGCAAAGGCAUAGAAGUAGAUUCUAGGAAGGUUUCAACUAUUGAGAACUUACCUCCUCAAAUUUCAUUUAAGGGUGUUCAGAGUUUUCUUGGCCACGCUGGAUUUUAUAAGAGAUUUAUUAAAGAUUUCUCCAAGAUUUCUAAACCUCUGUCUGCACUAUUAAUGAAUGAAGUACAACUUAAUUUUGAUGUUGAUUGUCAAAGAGCCUUCAAUACUUUGAAAGAGAAAUUGAUCACCGCACCGAUUGUGGCACCACCCAAUUGGGAACUUCCCUUUGAAUAG